CCUGCUGUUCCACGUCACCUUCUACGAGAUGCUCGGCGCGCACUCAUCUGAAAACAUGGUUGAGCUGUGGCCCCACGCAUAUAUUCCACCUCAUCGCUGAUGUCACGCUAAUCACUGACGCUGUCGCAGAUCAUCGCAGUACCCAGCGCGGACCUGCCAGGUCCCAAGACGCGCGCCAUCUUCUGGACCAUGAUCAUACUGCGACCGCACGGGUUCCCGUACCCGCACUACUACGAGACGGGCGGCGACCUGGCGCAAGGCGGGCGGACGCGCGCCAUGGCCGACGAAGUCGCCGACACGGUGCACGAGUGUGUGGGCGCUGUAGUCGGCCGCUGGGACGAGCUGGCGGCGUACUUUGACGGGCUGCUCGGCGAGAAGAAGGCGCUGCUCGACCCGGACCGCCACGACACGCUGCUGACCGACGACUGGACGCUGUCGCGGUCGCGGCGCUACUUCUGGGCCAUCGAGUUCCUCAAAGAGGUCGAGGCCAGCGUGGCUGACAACAUCCGCCAGGCCGAGAGGUUCCUGGCGCUGUUCCGCGACUCGCUGCAGGGCGGUGACGGGGCGGAGGGUGGAGAUGAUGCGCGGCGCCGUCUGGCGAGGCACGAGGCCAUGCUAGCUAGGCUAGAGGCGCUGCGCGCGCGGUUUGUGCAGCGGCGGGAGGAGGCGGUUGCGCUACGCGACGGGCUCUUCAACGCCAGCGCCGUCAUGGAAAGCCGCACAUCGACCAAGCUCGGCGAGAACAUCAAGCUGCUGACGCUGAUCAGCAUCUUUUUUCUCCCGCUGUCGUUCUGCACGCGCUCGCCACGUACGCCGCGACUUGGAACCUCGACCGUAUUGCCGCGCUGCUCGACGGCCUGCAGCAGAAGGCGUUCAGUGGUAGUAGUGGUGGUGGCAGCACGGCAACUGCUGCGCAUGUUCGCCUAGCUGAUCGUCCGCAGAAACGGAGUGAUAGCAGGGAGAAAGAUGGCGGCGCCGGGAUCUGGGCAAGAAUCCAACUCUUUGGUCGGUACACGUCCAGGGGCAGGGACAAGGCCGCUGAUGUUGCGCACUUGGAGGAGCCUUG